AUGAACGAGCUGUCGGGACAUCCUACUUUGUGCCGAGAGGCCUCUGUGGGUGGCACAUGCGUCGCUCCCCCCAAGUGCGAUCCCAUCCCCUCAACCCUCCUCUCCUGCCCCUGUGGCCGGCGCUCCCUCCCCAUGUCCCUUCUCCAGGCCACAGUCGACUGCGUUGAGGCAGCGCUGCGCUGUCUCUCCCACCUCACCUCCUCCCAUCAGCUGGCGGACGAGGCGCUGCACCAAUUGGCUCUCGACCAACCGGACAGCUUUCUCGCGGGCUCCAAGUGCGUCUGCUGGAUCGUCGACCUUUUCCACCUCACUUCGGAUGGGUCGAAGAGCCCGGGGGACACGCAUGUUAUCAGGCUGGUCCACGAACAGUGCAGCAUUUUGGACACCGACCAUGUUCUCCAGUUGGCCAAGGCGUGGCUUUCGCUGGCGCGUAAUUGCCUGGCCGGCAGUGCUUGGCAAAGUCGUGAACAGGAGACUACUCUGAGGUCGGCGGUAGUCUACCUCGAGGAGAAUCUAGGCCCAUUCAUAGAAUCGGUGAGUGGCGAAAUUUCUCACCUCUGCACCAUCCAACGCUUCCACAACCAGUUUUUUUCCCUCCUCGAGACAAUUUUGACAUGCCCAUUGCCAGGGUAG